UUUUGCUUUGUUAUGACUUUGUAGGGUCUGCUUCACUUAGCCUUAAAAGAGAGUUAUCAUAAUUUAAACUUUUUUUUUUAUAUUUAAUUUCAUGAAUUAAAAGAAAUUCUCUUAGUAUUUGAAAACUUUUUUAAAAUAAGGGAGUUAUUAGAAUUUAAACCUGAUCUCUUCUUAAUGUAAGUAGCUAUUAACAUUGCUUUUGUUAUGUCUUAGAUAUAUAUAUUUUUUGUGCUUUGGCUGUGCUGUGGAUUAUUUGUUGUGGUUUAAGUUAUUGCUGAAGUUUGAUCUUUUAUGUCAUUGAUAAUGCAGAAUGUAAAAGAAUGAAUCAAAGAGAGAUUAUUUAUAUGAAUGAGGAUGAUUUUUUUGAUUAUGGCGGCACAUUGCUUUUUUGAUUAAUGGGAAAACCUUUAUCAUUGGGAAAUAUAAAAAGGAUAUAAAUUAUUGCUUUGAUUCUUGAUAUCAUGUUGUCUCUGUUUAAGUAGCAUGUUGAGUGUCCAUGUAAUCUGCAUUCAAAUUGAUGUCAAUGGUGCUCUUUAAAAAAAAAAAAAAAUUAUGUUGGUUGUGUUGUUUUUUGCUAUUCCCCACCAUAGUUUUUGUUUUUGAUCUAUUGUUAUCUAGAACUGAGGUUAUUUAGUUGUCUUUAUUUGAUCACUGGAGCUUAAUCAGCUAUUCACAACAAAUUAGCAAUCUUGAUUCUAUAAAUCUACUGUUAGAGUAGGAAUGCUUUAUGCUUUUAAAAAAAAUAAAGGUUGCUGAUUCUGUCAUUAUGUGCAGUCUCUAAUUAAUUAGGUUUGUUUUUGAUUUAUUUCUAUAAAUGAGACUAUUUAGUUAUGUGUAGCUAACCCAUUGAGUUUAUCAGCUAUCCCCAGUGGAGUGGCAAUGCUGAUUGUAGAAAUCUUUUCUAUUUGGUGGUCUCUGUAUUUAUUGGAAUUACUGUUUACCUGAGAUCUUUUUUCUUCUUUUCUUCUGCAGUAAAUGCCAACAAACAAUCCCGUUUAUCCCAUGUUAGGUUCAUCCUUUGGUUCAGCAGCUGAGGGAACUAGCUUUGAGGCUGCUGAAAUUUCUCUUCGUUGCUGGGUGGGUUAAUUGAGGGAGUUCCCAAUAAACAAUCGUGUUUAUCUCAUGUUUUGUGCAUCCUUGGGUUUGACAGUAGAGGGAACUAGCCUCGAGGCUCUUGAAUUUGCUCUUUCUAUUUAUUUGCAAGGCCCAGCCUAGGUUAUAGGAGGCAAAAAAAGUCUUUCCUUCUGGAAUAAAGCAAAAGCUUCGAAGGGAAGAGACACAUUCUUGUGUUGAUGAUUCUGUAACCUGAACGAAGAAAACUACAACUUUGUUUCUCUUAUUUAUGGAUAACAGAAAGGCUAACAGAUUAACAGUUGCAAACAACCUUUCCAACUCAUAUGUUUCUCCGGCCAAGUAACUAGUCUAACUAACUUGAUCUUUACACCAUUUUCUUGGUCUUAUGCAUGGCUGCAUUGGUGUCAAGCAUGAUCCCUCAACCUUUAAAUGUAGUUGAUUUUGGAGCCGUUGGUGAUGGAACUAUAGAUGAUUCCAAAGCUUUUAUGAAUGCAUGGGAAGCUGUUUGCAGAGCUACACAAGAAACUACUCUCAUAAUACCAGCCAGAAAGACAUUUCUGCUUAAUCCUGUGAAGUUUCUUGGUCCAUGCAAGUCCCCUAGCAUUAAAAUUCUGGUUCAGGGGAAUAUUGUUGCUCCAAGUAAAAUGUCAGAUUGGACUACACCUUACAUGGGUAGUUGGAUUGUCUUUGCAAGGGUAAAUGGACUCAAUGUGAUUGGAAAUGGACAAAUUGAUGGGCAAGGGUUUGAGUGGUGGAAAUGUGCAAUGAGCAGCAAAUGCAUGAGACCUAUGGGGAUGAAAAUUCAUACUUGCAAUAACAUUCAAAUCUCUGGACUGAAAAUAUUUAACAGCCCAGCAAGGUUUCUCUCUGUAUCUGAUAGUAACCAUGUCACCAUCUCAAACCUUCAGAUAACAAACCCUGAAACAAGCCCCAAUACGGAUGGUAUGGACCUCACUCACUCAACCAAUAUCCAUAUUAGGGACUGUCAGAUUUCCACAGGUGAUGAUUGUAUUGCAAUUCUUUCUGGUUGCUCUUAUAUAUUCAUUUCUGGGGUGUCUUGCAUUCAAGGCCAUGGUAUCAGUAUUGGAAGCUUGGGACACAACAGACAGCGUGAUACAGUGGAAGAAGUACAUGUGAGGAAUUGCAAAUUUGGAUCAAGUUUAAAUGGUGCCCAUAUCAAAACAUGGCAGGGAGGAUCUGGAUUUGUCAGGAAGGUCUCAUUUCAAGAUAUCACAUUACUUAAUACUUCAAAUCCCAUUAACAUCGACCAAUUUUAUUGCCCUCAUAACAAAUGUGCUAAUCAGACGAAGGCAGUCAAAGUAAGUGAUAUUUCUUUUCUUAGAUUUAGUGGGACUUCCUUCACAGAAACUGCAAUCAACAUAGCCUGCAGUGAAAGUUUGGGUUGUUUCGAUAUUGUUAUGGAUCAAAUCAACAUUAUUUCUUCAGACGCAAACAAGAAGGUUGAUUCAAAAUGCUUCAAUGCCCAUGGAAGAUCUACAAAUACUGUUCCUAGAGUUGAUUGUUUAUCGUAUUAGUCCUGUUUAUUAUACAGUAGCACAUUUUAUACGUGCACUUACUAGGUGUAAUUCUCUUCUUCUCUAAUAAAAU